GCGGACGACGAGCGGGAGCCGCAGCCUCAGCCGGGGCUGCCCCGGCGCCCGCAGCGGGGCCGCAGAGCGGGGCGCUGCGCUCGUGCGCGCCGCGGCGGCGAUGCCGUGCCUCGGCUUGCUCUGCUUCUUGGCUCUGGGCUGGGGCGGCUCGGCCGGGCCCAGCGGCGCGUCCCCGCCGCCCUGCCCGGCUCCCUGCCGCUGCGACGGGGACCGGGGAGUGGACUGCACCGGCCGAGGGCUGACGGCCGUGCCCGACGGACUGAGCGCCUUCACCCACUCCUUGGACAUCAGUAUGAAUAAUAUCACCCAGUUACCAGAAGAUGCCUUUAAGAAUUUCCCUUUUCUGGAAGAAUUACGAUUGGCUGGCAAUGACCUUUCCUUUAUCCAUCCAAAGGCCUUGUCUGGAUUGAAGGAGCUCAAAGUCCUGACACUCCAGAACAAUCAGCUGAAAACUGUUCCGAGUGAAGCCAUCCGAGGACUGAGCUCUCUACAGUCUUUGCGUCUAGAUGCCAACCACAUUACCUCAGUCCCUGAGGAGAGCUUUGAGGGUCUUGUUCAGUUACGGCAUCUGUGGCUUGAUGACAACAGUCUGAGUGAGGUGCCUGUCCGGCCACUCAGCAACCUCCCCUCCCUCCAAGCUCUGACCUUGGCUCUCAAUAAGAUCACAAGCAUCCCUGACUUUGCCUUUACCAACCUUUCAAGCCUUGUGGUUCUGCACCUUCAUAAUAAUAAAAUUAAGACCCUUGGUCAGCACUGUUUUGAUGGAUUAGACAACUUGGAAACCUUGGACUUGAAUUAUAAUAAUUUGGGAGAAUUUCCUCAAGCAAUUAAAGCACUGCCAAGCCUGAAGGAGCUGGGAUUUCGUAGUAAUUAUAUUUCUGUAAUCCCUAAUGGAGCAUUUGGUGGAAAUCCACUCUUAAAAACCAUCCAUUUAAAUGACAACCCUUUAUCUUUCGUGGGGAACUCGGCCUUUCACAAUCUGUCGGAGCUGCAUUCUUUAGUCAUUCGGGGUGCAGGCAUGGUACAGGGAUUUCCUAACCUGACUGGAACCAACAAUUUGGAGAGUUUAACCUUGACAGGCACCAAGAUAAGCAGUAUACCCAAUAACUUGUGCCGAGAUCGAAAGAAGCUUAAGACUUUGGACUUGUCCUACAACAAUAUACAAGAGCUUCCAAGUUUCAAUGGUUGCAGUGCUUUGGAGGAAAUUUCAUUACAACAUAAUCAGAUCCUUGAAAUUAAAGAAAGCACCUUCCAAGGACUAACUUCCCUACGGAUCCUAGAUCUGAGUAGAAACCUGAUCCAGGAAGUUCACAGUGGAGCUUUCAUUAAGCUUGGAUCAAUCACUAACCUAGAUAUCAGUUUCAAUGAACUGACUUCAUUUCCAACAGAAGGACUGAAUGGGUUAAACCAGCUAAAACUGACAGGCAACUUUCAUCUGAAAGAAGCAUUAGCAGCAAAGGACUUUGUGAAUCUCAGGUCUUUAUCUGUACCAUAUGCUUACCAGUGCUGUGCGUUUUGGGGUUGCGAUUCGUAUACAAACUCAAACACAGAUGAUGCCAGCCUCCCAGACCACAGCGUUUCAUCCAACCAGGAAAAAGCUGACCCAGCAGAUCUCACAAGCAGGACUGAGAAAGAAGAACACAGUCAGACAAUUAUCCACUGUACUCCUGCAACAGGUGCCUUUAAGCCCUGUGAAUAUCUGCUGGGGAGCUGGAUGAUCCGUCUCACCGUGUGGUUUAUUUUCUUGGUUGCACUGUUCUUCAACCUACUUGUCCUUAUAACAACAUUUGCAGCUCGUGCCCCGUGGCCUUCCUCCAAACUGUUCAUAGGCCUGAUUUCAGUGUCUAACUUACUCACGGGAGUCUAUACUGGCAUUUUAACUUUCCUCGAUGCUGUCUCUUGGGGAAGAUUUGCUGACUUUGGGAUCUGGUGGGAGACCGGCAAUGGAUGCAAAGUCGCUGGCUUCCUUGCUGUAUUUUCAUCGGAAAGUGCCAUAUUUUUAUUGAUGCUAGCAGCUGUUGAACGAAGCUUAUCCGCCAAGGAGAUCCUGAAAAAUGGGAAGAGCAACCAUCUCAGACAGUUCCAGGCGGCCGCCGUGUUGGCGUUUCUGUGUGCUGCGGUGGCUGGGUGCUUGCCCCUCUUCCACAGAGGGGAAUAUUCUGCAUCUCCCCUCUGCUUGCCCUUCCCCACUGGUGAGACAGCUUCCUUAGGGUUCACUGUCACCCUUGUGCUCCUCAACUCAUUAGCAUUUCUCCUUAUGGCUAUUAUCUACACCAAACUUUACUGCAACCUGGAAAAAGAGGACCUCUCGGAGCACUCCCAGGCUAGCAUGAUCAAGCAUGUUGCUUGGCUCAUAUUCACCAAUUGCAUCUUCUUCUGCCCUGUUGCAUUUUUCUCAUUUGCACCAUUGAUCACUGCGAUUUCCGUCAGCCCAGAGAUCAUGAAGUCUGUCACUUUGAUAUUUUUUCCAUUGCCUGCUUGCCUGAAUCCAGUCCUGUAUGUCUUCUUCAACCCCAAAUUUAAAGAAGACUGGAAGUUACUGCGGCGACACAUGACCAGGAAGAAUGGGUCUGUUGCUGUUUCCAUCAGUAGCCAGGGUGGUUGUGUGACCCAGGAUUUCUAUUAUGACUGUGGCAUGUAUUCACACUUGCAGGGAAACCUGACCGUGUGUGACUGUUGCGAAUCCUUCCUUCUAACCAAGCCAGUGUCAUGCAAACACUUAAUUAAAUCACACAGCUGUCCUGCCUUGGCCGUGGCACCUUGCCAGCGACCAGAUGGCUAUUGGUCUGACUGUGGAACUCAAUCUGCUCACUCUGAUUACGCAGAUGAGGAAGACUCAUUUGUCUCGGACAGUUCAGACCAAGUGCAGGCCUGUGGGCGGGCCUGCUUCUAUCAGAGUAGGGGAUUCCCUUUGGUCCGCUAUGCUUAUAAUAUACCAAGAGUUAAAGACUGAAAAACACUGUUAAUAAGUUAUUCUAUUGUCACCCCCACACACAUACCCCCCGCUUUUUUAAGUAAAAAGUCUGAUUUUUCUCAAAUGUACACUAUUCUGAAGUUUCAUCGGGGAAGUACUUGUGUAGUUCCUGCCUGGUGUCACUAAUAAAAAGAGAAGGUGGCAGGGUAUUUCUCAUACUGUAUGUUUUCAAAGAACCGGGGCCUAAAUUGUAAUCAAUGAAGAGACCGUUUCCAAGCACUGUCCUUCCUUUUAUAUGGUUUUCUAACUUGAAAAACUUUUUAACAUAUCCUAAUUGUAUUUUACUUCAUCUGAUUUGCAAGAGACAAGUUUGUCACCACUUCCCUGUUAAGCACAAGGGAAAGAACAGCUGUUAAUAUUAGAAAAUUAGUUCGAAAUGUGACUUCCUAUAAGGAAAAAAAUUCCUUGCUAAUUUUGUAUAGUGUUUUCAGCAUUAAUCUCAGGACAAUAUAGUGCAGAGCCAAUAAGGGAGUGUCUCCCAGACAAAACUGUGAGGGGGUAUAAGCAUCAAAACUUGGGUUUGUGCUUCAGUAUUUGACUUAGUGGAAUAAGACUUUGUUUAAAGAACUGAUGAACCCCCAGAUUUAUAAAGGCUAUUAAAUUAAAAAUAUUAACAGCUGUCAGAUUUCAGUGGAACUUGAAUGGUUAUUUUCUUCUAUUAAAAAUGGUUUUAAUGUAAUUUUUUCCUCCAUAUUUUGAGAUCAUCCAGAUCCUUCUACAAGAAGAUCAUAAAGGACUAAAGAAUUUAACAGAAUUAAUUGGCUUAAAUGAGUGAAAUGGGAUUUUUUUCAUCAUACCUAAGAUAUUUCAGAGAUAUAUCUGUUUUUCUAAGACAAAACUCAAUUAACAUCAUGGGCCCUACAGAUAUUUUCUCAUUUGCAUGGCAUGGUAUCUGUUUAUAUGUUGAUUUAUACUGAAAUCAAAGUAGGCUUUGGGGAAUGAAUAGAUUUAAUUCUAUUCUAAUUUAAUUCAGAGUAAUUAUGAUUCAAAGUACUUAAACAGAUAAUUCCUAGUAUACUAGGUUCUCCCAAUACCUAAGGUACAAUCAGGAACCUGCAUUAAUUUUUCUUAGCAUUCUUCUAUUUCCAAAAGUGUGCCUAAUUUAGAAGCAGGUAGUAGCUUAGAUAUUGGGAAAAUCUAGUGAGAUAAGGUAAGAGGGUAAAGGCAUCAUUGAGGUUCAAAAACUUCUUUUGUCUUAAGUUAAAAACAACAAUUCCUAAUUCACCAAUUUUAGUUGGUGGGUCUGUAGUUCAAGACAAUGCGAAGUCUCAUAACCAGUUACAGCUGUCUGAUAUGUGUUUUGAACCAUAGGCUAAAACAGUAGCCAACCCACUGCCAUUACCAGUUAUUCUGGAAAUAUGAAAAAAAAACAAUUAAGCUAGAUUGCAGUUUUAAAGUUUAAACUGUAUAUACUGUGCAUAUAAUGAAUUUUUAUCUUUAUAUGUAAAUUAUUUGAUAGAACAUAUGAUGGGAAAUGUGGCUUCAGUUCAUUUCGUUAAUUAAAGCUACCUCCUAAGGAAUAGUGGCUGCCAGUAGCAGAAUGUUAAAUUGUGGUUUCUAUCCUUUUUUUUUUUUUGCAUUGUAAAUAAUCUUGGUUGUACAUUGUCAGUGUAAUAAAAAAACCAAACAAACCAGAAUCUUUGUAUAUCAAAAUCAUGUAGUUUGUACAAAAAAUAUGGGAGGGAUUUAUUUACUGGUUGCUGUCAUUUUGUAAGGGCAACUAUUCACAAGUUUUAAAAAUUGCUGUUUGUAUAUUUACACAUCUCCUAAAUAUUAAAUAUUA